UGACUCCAGCAAUAACAUUGGUUAGCAGAAGUGGAUUCAGAUCUCCUUCUCCAGAUACCUUUAAAACAAAGAUGCAGUCAGCAACAUCUCUUAGUUUCUUAAGAUUUGAUCUCAAAGAAGGAAGUUGGUAUCACUAUCUCAGGCUCAAAUCCAAUCAGAAAGAAAAAAAAUAGUAAUUCAAUCAGAAAGAAAAGCAUCUUUGUACCAUCACACGGGUAACAAUCAACUCCCAUCUGACACUAAAGCAAUCCACCUAAAAAUGUUUCCAAUCUCUCCAGGAUAGUCCCUGCUCAAAUAAACAUGUUCCUGAGAUCUAAUAAUACACAUGUACACAUGUAUUAUAUUUAAUUUUUUCUUAUUUACAGUGAAAAUACGAAGAUCUCAGAAUACAAAAAAAAAAAAACUUCAACACAAACAUGCCCUUAGAAAUAUGCUGAUUGAAAUAAUCAUAGAAAAGAACAAUUAAGUGAAUCUAAAACUAAUGCUGAUGCUAAAGCUAAUUUCAACUUUAAGAACAUAAUAUGAACAAAAGUUACAAGUUUGAUGGGAAAUUUCCAUUCUCAUCAUAUUAAGUAUUUUAAUUGCAUUUGCUAAUCUGGGGAUGUGUUCUUCAAUUGGGAAAUCAUGAAGCAAAAUGAAUAGAAUUACUCUUACGGAAAAGAAUCAUAAGUCAUCAAAACCUCUGAAAGAUUAAAACUGUAAUUCUGGGGAAAAAAAAGUUUUUGCUUUACUCCACCUUAUUUUUUUCUUGCUAUAGUAAAUGCCCCGAGGCUCUGACCUAGCUUCGGAAAAAGAGCCAGUAGAGUGGGUUCACAAAAAAGAAAUUAUCCAAUUGCAGAUUAGCAAAACUAUCACAGGGAUUAAGAAGUGACACAGAAAAGGAACACCCUAAAAGUCUGUAUAUAAGGGCCAAAACGGCAGCUUGCAAAUACAUUCUUCACUGUCACCUUUCCUAUUCACCUGGACAAGCUAAACGUUUGCAGGAGUACCAUGUCUUGCUCAUCUCGUGUCUCCUCUUCCAGAGCUGGAGGCAGUGGCUUGGCCAGGGUGUCUGCUGGUGGGAGCAGCUUCACCAGUGGAAGCAGAUGCGGUGUAGGGAGUGGUUCUACCCGGGGCUUCCGAGGAGGAACUGCCAGCUGUGGCCUCAGUGGGGGAUCAAGCAGUGGCUUUGGAGGCAGCUUUGGAGGAGGUUUUGGUAGCUGCUCAGUUGGGGGUGGUUUGGGAGGAACUUCAGGCUCUGGGGCUGGCUUUGGUGGGGGUUCUGGCUUUGGAGGGGGUUCUGGCUUUGGUGGGGGUUCUGGCAUUGGAGGGGGUUCUGGUUUUGGUGGUGGUGCUAGUGGAGGCUUCUACAGCUAUGGUGGUGGUAUGGGGGGUGGUAUGGGAGGUGGUAUUGGUGAUGGGGGGCUUUUCUCUGGAGGUGAGAAGCAAACUAUGCAGAACCUCAAUGACCGCCUGGCCAGUUACCUAGACAAGGUCAGAGCCCUGGAGGAGGCCAACACUGAUCUGGAGAACAAAAUCAGGGAGUGGUAUGACAAAUUUGGGCCUGGGUCUGGAGAUGGUGGAUCUGGAAAAGACUACAGCAAAUACUAUCCAAUAAUUGAAGAUCUCCGGAAUCAGAUCAUUACUGCCACUAUUGAAAAUGCUGGGAUCGUUUUGCAGAUCGACAAUGCCAGAUUGGCUGCUGAUGACUUCAGACUCAAGUAUGAGAAUGAGCUGUAUCUCCGGCAGGCCGUGGAGGCCGACAUCAAUGGCCUGCGGAAAGUUCUAGAUGAUCUGACCAUGACGCGCUCAGACCUGGAGAUGCAGAUUGAGAGCCUCACCGAGGAGCUGGCCUACCUGAAGAAGAACCAUGAGGAGGAAAUGAAGAGUAUGCAAGGAAGCUCCGGAGGGGACGUGACUGUGGAAAUGAAUGCUGCCCCGGGAACUGACCUGACCAAGUUACUGAAUGACAUGAGGGCACAGUAUGAAGAGCUGGCUGAACAAAAUCGCCGCGAGGCCGAGGAGCAGUUCAACAAACAGAGUGCAUCACUGCAAGCACAAAUUUCUACUGAUGCUGGGGCAGCCAGUUCUGCCAAGAAUGAGAUAACAGAACUGAAACGUACUCUGCAAGCCCUGGAAAUUGAGCUUCAGUCCCAAAUGGCCAUGAAAAGUUCCCUGGAAGCAACUCUGGCUGACACAGAAGCUGGCUACAUGGCUCAGCUGUCAGAAAUCCAGAUGCAGAUCAGCAGCCUGGAGGAGCAGAUCUGCCAGAUUCGGGGCGAGACCGAAUGCCAGAAUGCGGAAUAUGAGCAACUGCUGGACAUCAAGACCCGCCUAGAGAUGGAGAUUGAGACCUACCGCCGCCUGCUUGAUGGAGAGGGAUGUGGUUCUGGUUUUGGAGGAUCUGAUUUUAGAAACUCUGGAUCCAGAAAUACAGGAUCCAGAAACAUGGGAUCUAGGGAUAUGUCCAUGUCUGGUGACUCAAGAUCCGGAAGCUGUUCUGUCCAAGGAAGAGAUCCAAACAAGACAAGAGUAACGAAGACCAUCGUGGAGGAGGUAGUGGACGGCAAAGUCAUCUCAUCUCAAGUCAGCAAUGUGUCUGAGGUGAAAGUUAAAUAAGCAAUUUCCAGAUCAGCAAGAGUGUCUUUCAGAGAAAAACCAGAAGGACACAAAUGAAGAAAUCAUAUCAAUCUCACCAUCUUUCUGGAUAACAUCAGGGAAAAGUUUCCAUCCAGAAGUAGAUAACCAAGCAAUUUUUC